UCGUCUUCUUCAAGGAGAUAAACCACUUGACUUUGCCUUCAUGGAAGUCAACUGAGACUUCAAAUGAGUUGAUCCAAAUUUUAGCCCUAAUUAAGUUAGCUCAUUGGGUGCAGAGCUGUGUAUACAGCUAGUGAAGAAAGUUCAACUUGUUGAUUGAGCAUGUGGAGUGAGUGAUUACUUUGAAUGAUGGUCUAUAGUGCUUUUCAUAAGAAUACGUUUUGAGUUCUUUGUAUAAAGUGCCCAAGGAAAGAACACCAUACCUUUCUGUUUGGCAAGUUUCUUUCACUGGAGCAACAUGGAGCCUGCUCCAGGACUGGAACUGCAAACCAGAGUUCCACUAGUUGAAGAUGAAGAACCAGACUCAGAUAAAGACCUACCAGCUGCCAAUCAACGGCGAAUUCCUAGAUUAAAACACUACAAGUGGUGGCUUCGCGUUGCCCUCUACACCCUCUUCCUCCUUGCUGGCCAAUCCGCGGCCACCCUCUUGGGGCGGCUUUACUAUGACAAGGGCGGAAACAGCAAGUGGAUGGCCACAUUUGUUCAAUCAGCAGGCUUCCCAAUCCUAAUCCCCCUCUUAUAUUUCUUCUCACCAUCCACCAAUUCCACCACCACUUUUUUAACAAAACUACCACCAAUCCACAUUUUAACUUUCCUAUACCUCUUCUUUGGCCUACUCUUGACUGGUGACAACUUGAUGUACUCUUAUGGACUCUUGUACCUCCCUGUCUCUACCUAUUCCCUCCUAUGUGCAACACAAUUGGCAUUCAAUGCACUCUUCUCAUUCCUACUAAAUUCCCAAAAGUUCACUGCUUUAAUACUCAACUCUCUAGUCCUCGUCACCAUCUCAGCAUCGGUUCUAGCAGUUCAUGCAGAAUCUGAUAACACGACAAAGAUCCCGAAACAGAAGUAUAUAAUUGGAUUCCUAUGCACACUUGGUGCAUCAGCCACUUAUUCACUAUACCUCUCCCUAGUGCAGCUCUCUUUCCAAAAGGUGAUCAAGAGGGAGACCUUUGGUGCUGUGUUGGACAUGCAAAUCUACCCAUCAUUCGUGGCGACUUGUGGCUGCGUGGUAGGUCUUUUCGCGAGUGGAGAAUGGAGAGGUUUGAAGAAAGAGAUGGGAGAUUAUCAGAAGGGGAAGGUGUCCUAUGUGAUGACUCUGGUUUGGACUGCUGUGACGUGGCAGAUUUCGUCGAUAGGUCUACUAGGGUUGAUCUUUGAGGUGUCUUCUCUCUUUUCCAAUGUUAUCAGUACUUUGGCUCUGCCUGCUGUUCCAAUUCUUGCUGUGAUAUUCUUCCAUGACAAGAUGGAUGGGGUGAAGGUCAUUGCCAUGUUGCUUUCUAUCUGGGGUUUUCUUUCCUACGUCUAUCAGAAUUACCUAGAUGACUAUGAAUCUAAGGUAACAAAAGUCGAUGUCAAUGAGGUUUCUGGUUCUCAUGUAGAGCUUUGUUGAUGGGUAGCUAAUGAAGCAACAUUGUGUAAACCUGAAGAAUUUCAAUGGAAGAUGAGACAUACAAGCUUUGUUUAAUGAUGCUCAUGUGAAUAUGUGAUUAUAUUCUGGCUUGUCAGCCAACUCUAGAGAACAAUUCAUGAAGAUAUAUAUAUAUAUAUAUAUAUAUAUAUAUAGAUAC